GGAUUGGACGGUGGAGAUGACUGGGUAUCGGAAAAAUCAGACGGCGAGUGAUGGUAUUGGGGGGAAUCAGAGUAGGGCUGGUAUUGUCUAUUCUGCGGCACACAGGAAAAGGAAAGGGUGCGGGGAGUGAGAGGGUAAAGGGUACCGAGAAAACGACAAGAAAUGAAGCCGUGGUGACGUGGCGGAUAUUGGUUGGAGAUGUCAGGUAGAUGCUGGUACUUGAUGAGGUAGAUUCCGUCUGCCGUUUUAUCUCUCGGUCCGGAGUCCGGACACGAACCCCCUAACCCCAACCUUUAACGGUAAUAAAUAGGUGGUUAUUUU